AGAGUUAAACCAAAGUUAAAAAAAUUUAAGUCGUUGCUGGAUUUAAGAGGCUUAUACUUCUGUGUUACAUUUUAUACAAUGGUGGUGUGCAAGUUCUUUCAAGAAGGAUAUUGCCGCUACGGUCAAAACUGCCGAUUUGAGCAUGUCUAUGGCGCAAAAUACAGCUACCAUGCAAAUGCACCAACUAACCCGAGCCAACCUCAGAAGCAAGCACCGGGCGGGGUAACUGACGAGCAGCUAGUACAACAAGUCCAGAAUGAUGUCCAGUCAGUGUUAAAAGGUGGACAAUGGCUUCUCUCCUGCUACGCUCCAUUCAAGAAGCCUAACUUCCCGGGCCUUACAGACUUGUCUGCGGAGGAAGCCAGAUUAUUCAUUUACGAAGCUAAAGCUAAUAAUACUGUUGAUCAGGCUGUUGCCUACUUGAACAAUUUGACCAAAGAGGCAAGAAGCAAGUAUGAACAAUUACUCACCACAUCACCGCACUUAUUAAGGAGCCUCUACAACGGUGAAUCUGUGACAUCACCAUUCACAACCGGACAAACACCUCAAAACGUCUUCGGGCAAGCUAACAACGCAUCUUCAGUGUUUCGCAGUGCUGUACAAGAUACAGCAAAAUCAAUAUUUUCUCAAGCGUCACAGAAUGUUUUUGGAUCGCCGCCAGCCCAAAACCAAAGUAUGUUUGGAGUGCAAACACAAAAUCAAAGUCCGUUUGGUGCACAAACACAAAAUCAAAGUACAUUCAGUGCACAACAAGCACAGAGUCAGAAUCCUUUCGGUGCACAGAAUGUCUUUGGUAGUCCAACAGCACAGUCCAUCUUUGCACAGGCUAACAGUUCCGUAGACCCGGCGAAAUCUUUAUUCGCUCAAGCUAACAGUCCAUCAGACCCAAAGUCUCUCUUCGCUCAAGCUACUGCUCAAAGUCCAUUUGGAUCCGCCCCUGCCUCAACAUUCAAAAGCCCGUUCGAACAGCCUUCUCCGUUUGCUCAAAGUUCUAACGUUUUCCAAACUAAUGCUCAAACCAUAUUUGGGCAAGCGAAUGUUUUUCAACAGACGCCCGGAGACGAUCCUGCAAUAUAUAGCAACAUUAAUGACGUGCCUCCUGAAGACCUAGAAAUGUUUAAAGCAGAUAGUUUUAAAUUAGGCUUCAUACCCGAAAUGCCUCCACCGCACGCUUUAUGUGUUUGAGUUAAGAAUAUAUAUAUUAUGUAAGUAAAC